CCGCCCACGUGAUCAUCGCCGUCGGUGUCCAAACAAGGCCCAAACAGAAAAUCCACCGACACCGUCAUCCACGUCUCCGACCAGCAAGAACGUAAGUACGCUUCAUCAAAUCACUCUCUCAGGCCGUCCGGAUGCUUCUUGAGAUGUCCGGCGAUCCCCUGCUGUGAAAUAACGGUCGAUUUUGGCUGGAAAUUCGGCUGGAUGUACUCGAAUGCCUUUGGAUGCACCUCCCUCUGCUUUCGCCUUGAUCUUGCCUUGUCUCGUACCUGGAGCACUUGCUUAUGCCUGGUUCACAGAUUGAACAAUGGGUAGGGUCAUCCGGGCACAGAGGCGCUCUCAUGCCAUCUUCAAGGCGCACACUCACCACAACAAGGCGCCUGCCCAGUUCCGCCCGCUCGACUUCGCGGAACGCAAUGGGUACGUCAAGGGUAUUGUGAAGGAGAUCAUCCACGAUGCUGGUCGUGGCGCUCCCCUUGCCCGAGUCGUUUUCCGUGAUCCCUACCGGUACAAGCUCCGCAAGGAGACCUUCAUCGCGACCGAGGGUUUGCACACCGGUGCCUUCGUCUACUGUGGCAAGAAGGCGCUUCUCGCUGUUGGCAACGUGCUUCCUGUGUCGCAGUGCCCUGAGGGUACGAUUGUCUGCAACGUUGAGGAGAAGACCGGUGACCGUGGUGCGCUCGCACGGACGUCCGGCAACUACGCGACCGUUAUUGGCCACUCGCCCGAGGACAACAAGACCCGGAUCCGUCUGCCGAGUGGUGCGAAGAAGACCGUGCCAGGCGGUUGCAGGGCGACGAUUGGUAUCGUUGCUGGUGGUGGACGUAUCGACAAGCCCCUGCUCAAGGCUGGUCGUGCGUACCACAAAUACAAGGCCAAGCGUUACAACUGGCCUCGUACUCGUGGUGUUGCUAUGAACCCGGUUGACCACCCUCACGGUGGUGGUAAUCAUCAACAUAUCGGUAAGGCAUCGACAAUUGCCCGCUCCGCCGUACCCGGUCAGAAAGUCGGUCUCAUUGCCGCCCGCCGAACCGGUCUGCUGCGCGGUACCGUCAAGGUCAAGGAGGUGUAAGGGAUGGUUGUCGUAUUUGUCUCGCUAUGUUUUUUGUAUGCCGCUCUACCUCUG